AUGACAGAGUGGACUUUGCUCAAACGUCUCCUGGAUGCUGUCCAUCAUCACUCCACUAUGAUCGGACGCCUAUGGCUCACAGUCAUGGUUAUCUUCAGGCUGCUCAUUGUUGCUGUUGCUACAGAGGAUGUGUAUACGGAUGAACAAGAAAUGUUUGUUUGUAACACUUUACAGCCAGGAUGUUCAACUGUGUGCUAUGACACAUUUGCACCCAUCUCACAGCCUCGGUUCUGGGUGUUUCACAUAAUCAGUGUAUCCACUCCGUCGCUUUGCUUUAUCAUUUACACAUGGCAUAACCUGUCCAAGCAACCACAGAAUAGCUCUCAGAUGCUGGGAAAACGACCAAGGCAUAAAGCCAAUGAUGUAAAGCAAGAGAAAAGAGAAGAGACCUUCGACUGCAGCUGUGACUCGGACAAUUGCUCAAUCUAUUCCCAUAAACAUCUCGGUCACAGCCUGGGAGAUGUGCUGGAGGACCUCACUACCCAGAACAUUCAGAAAAAGGACCUAAACAAUUCUGUGAACUUGAUCCAUCCCCAAACCUGCACCUUCAGAGAGGGCAUUGAGGUAGCUCAAGUUAUUUCUGGUGGAGUUCUGUCCAAAUGUUACAUUUUCCAUGUUUGUCUGAGGGCUGUCUUGGAGAUUGGCUUUGUCUUGGCCCAGUGGAAGCUAUAUGGCUUCCAUGUACCUGUACAAUUUCUUUGCACUUCUUCCCCAUGCAGGCAACCAGUGGACUGCUACAUAUCCAGACCCACAGAGAAGACCAUCUUCCUCCUCUUUAUGUUCUGUGUAGGAGUUUUCUGCAUUUUGCUGAACCUCCUGGAGUUAAAUCAUUUGGGUUGGAAAAAGAUUCGUCAUGCAUUGAGAUUAAGAGAGAAAAAGUCUUGGGGUGGCUGUCCAGGUAUCCAGGGUGGAUAUAAACGUUUUCCACCUGAUAGCCCUUCACUCACAUCUUCUUUUGGAUUUAGGGAUGUGACCAGCACUACCUCUCUACCCACUCUGGACCUGGUGGUGGGUCAUCAGCCUGAUUGGAGCUGUGCACUUAGCCGUGAAGUUGUGGAAGUAGAAGUCGGGCCUGGACAAACAAAGCGAUCUGACUCACAUAAAUAUGAAAGGCAGCUUCUGAAGAGCAAGAAGGAGAUUGAAAGGUGCAAACAGAGGAGUGCUGAAGUCUGGAUAUAG